CAUCAGUGAUGUCCCAACAAGAUUCAGUCACGGCUCGCGUCGUUUUUGUUACAUGUCCAGACGAGUCUGUGGCCAAAAAAUUAUCUAACGGUAUAGUCAAAGAGAAACUUGCCGCUUGCGUCAACAUUAUCCAUGGGUUAACCUCGAUUUAUUGCGAAUCUAAUGUCAGUAUAUCGUGUCCCGAAAUAAAUGGGAAGGAUACACCGAAAAUAGGGUGGGAAGGAAAACUCGAGGAGACCACGGAACACAUGCUCGUCAUAAAAACUGAAGAAAAACAUAUUCGGGAACUUACAGAUUAUGUUAAUAAGAAUCAUGGAUAUGAAGUUCCUGAAGUCAUCUCAAUUAAG